GUUCAUACUAAUUCGGAUGUUCUAAACUGUGCUGGAACUGUUCCAGAACUGUGCUGCAUGCUCUGCAACCGCCCGCAUGCGGCUAGCGGCGAAAACUCAUGUUCAGGUGCUAUGUCAGCAAUGGUGCCUAAAAUUUCUGAGUCUACUAGUCCGGUAGCUCCCAUAUGUCCAGUUUGCUCAGCGGUACCGCCAGACCCAACGGAUCAAUUCUGUCGACGAUGUGGAUGCCAGCUGAAAUUGACGUGUGCUCACUGUAAUGGCAAAAUAAGACCAUUCGAUCGGUACUGCGCUUCCUGUGGAGCUCGACGGCUCAUAAUCUUCGACCAGAUAAGACAGUACAUGUACUUCCGCUCACCAUUCUUCAUAGUCGGUCUGAGUGUCGCCAUGGCAGGAGCCUGGAUGGGUCUUCGAUAUAUCCUCAAAGGCAGACUGCCAGCCCGAAGAUGAUGAUUCGAACAGAAGAUUUUGAUAGGAAAUAAGUAAAGAAAGCAAAUAAAGGAAUACAUUUAUUUGAU